CGCGCUUCAAACCACCCAAACGUCUCGAGCGCUUCAGGGGAGCACUAAUCACGUUCAUGAAUCGGAUCGAUCUGAUGUCGCGUCUGGACGGUCAUGUAUUAAACUCGCCGUGUGUGGAUUCGUAUGUCUGCCUCUGAAUGACCGGCGGCCCACCAGUGUCCCGUCUUUCAGCCGCCCGCGUCUCACGUGGAUGAUGGACACCUGAGCAUCACAGCGCUUUUAAAUGUUGACAUGGGAGAUUGGUGGACAGCAGCAAUGAUGCCAGACCCAGCUCACGACACCAAAGAUCUUUCCAGUAUUUCUGGGAUCAGCAUGUCUCCCUGCAGGCAGAAUUCUCCCCCGUCGCUGCACUCCAGCAUGGCCCUGCCCAGAACCUCUUACAGCGUGUUGAGCGCCUUCUGCACGGAAGACAACGUGUCGCAGUGUAUCGUCUACAUUAAUCAGGAGGUGUGUUCACUGGGCCUGUCUGGAGUCGGUCUGGAGUGUGUUUCAGACGGUCCGAGCGCCGUGCCGCUUCUGAAUGUGCUGUAUGAAGUCCUGCAGCUGCAGAAGAGAUCUCAGCGUGCCCUGCAAGAGCUGGAGAACCAGCAGCUGAAGACCAGCAGUGACCUGGAACAUCUGCAGCACAGCAACUCCAGACUCAAAGAUCAGCUGGAGCACACCAGGAGAGAGAACUCGGGUCUUCAUGAGGGAGAGAGACGGCUGCAGCUGAAGAUCAAGACCUUACAGAACUGCCUCAAGUCUGAGAAAGACGAAGUACAGAAACUGCAAAGCAUCAUCUCAAGCCGUGCCACGCAGUACAACCACGACACCAAAAGAAAAGAGAGAGAGUGUACCAAACUGAAGGAACGCCUUAACCAGCUGCUCAUGGACAAGCGGGACAAGAAACUCGCCAUUGAAGUGUCAAACUAUGUGGGGAGGUCGGAUGGAAAGAGAGGCCUCUGGAAGACGGGCAAGAUGGAGGCCAGACACGAGGGAGAGAUGUACAAGGCUCUCUUGGGUGAUUACGAGAGCCGUCAAAGAUCUCUGAUGCUGGAAAACUCUGAGCUGAAGAAGGUGUUACAGCACAUGAAGAAGGACAUGAUCUCGAUUCUGAGUCCAAAAAAGGCCCGUGUCAAAACCGAGCCGACAGAUGACAGCCUCGAACGGGUGGGCUCUGAGGGAGAAGAGGAGGCGGCUGACUCCAGCAGAGAGACGCUAGAGCAGGCGUGCGAGCAGGCGAGAGAGCAGCUCACCAACAGCAUCCGCCUGCAGUGGAGGAGACUCAAGAGCCACAUGGAGAGACUCGACAGCCAAGCGUCUCUGGUGGCGUGUCAGGAGCGUGAAGGCGAGGAUCAGAUGUCCAGGCGAGAACAAGAGGACGAGAUUCAGCGUAUGAGGCUGGAGGUGCAGCAGUGUAAAGAGUUCAUUCACGUGCAGCAGCAGCUCCUGCAGCAGCAGCUAAGCUCGCCGUGUGAUGAUGAGACGGCCGCUCUACUGAACGACUGCUACACGCUGGAAGAGAAAGAGCGACUGAAGGAGGAAUGGAGACUCUUCGACGAGCAGAAGAAGAACUUUGAGAAGGAGAGGAAGAACUUCACUGAAGCUGCUAUUCGUCUGGGCCAUGAGAGGAAAGCUUUUGAGGAUGACCGAGCUGCAUGGCUGAAGACUCAGUUUCUGAACAUGACUCCAUUUGUAGAUCGUAAGAGACCAGCAUUGCCUGAAGCCGAAUGUGCCUUAUCAGCCAGUACAGAACCCGAAGCCAAAAUCCAGUCCACUCCACCCCUGCUGACAAAGUCCCAGUCGUACAGGGCAUUCUCCACCCCCAGAGCUGCCCCGGUGAAGAUGCCCUCCACUGCUGACCUCUACCGCUCACUGCGUCUCAUUCCAGAAAGCAGAGGACACGGCAGACGUCAGAGCGGUGAGACGGUGAGGUCACGGCUGCGGAACGGUUCUGUGGACUGCAGUGUCUUCUCAUUGGUCAGAGAUGAGAACAGCCCCAUCUAAAGGUACUUCUGUUGUGAGCCCAUGAGACACUCCAUGUGUUCAGUGCAGCUGUCACGUAAAGCUUUGCUGCGUCUUCCUGCCAUCGCAUCACAGCCGGCUCCUUUACCUCCUGAUGUGAUGUGUAUUAUGAAAAACUGAACAGAAUUAAACGGAAGGUGUGAUCGGUUGAAUAAAACUCAUCUCGGAGACGAUCCAUUGCUCACUCUUUUGCAUUUGUCUUCUGUGAUCUCCACUGAAGUUGCCAAUGUGUAUUGUAUGAUAGUACUACGAAUAAGAAUACAAUAUUAUGUAUAUACAGUGCAUAGGGCAUCUGAUUAAGCACUUGUAACAAUGUAGUUUUUGAACACUAAUAUCAUUCGAUAUGUUGCUUACUGUCGCCAUUUAUUGAUGCAGGACGUACAUCAUUCAAAAUCUUGGGGUAGUUUUGAGAUAAGAGAUUCAGAGUUUUGUAUCUUUAAUAUGAUAUUUGUGAAUGUAGGUACUGUGUGGUAAUUGUCUGAUGUUUUUGUGAUGUACUCACAAUAGGUUGUGGGUUUCAUUUUGUAUUCGUUUGUUCACUUGAAUGUUAAGUAUUUGUACGCACAAAUCAUGAAUGUGUAGAGCUUGAAAAUAUUUUUUGUUUACAGACACAGUUCUCCAAAUAAAUGCAAUAAAGUUUGAAAGAUUUG